GCCAGUGAGUCAUAGAUGAGAGUUCAAACAUGUUUCUGUUUUCAGGAAAUAAAACUCAUACAGUCUUUGAGACUGAGAGCAGAAAUGGAGCAGCAGGCAGUUCAGUUGGAUAGAGAAACUUUUUUCUGUUCGAUCUGUCUGGAUCUACUGAAGGAUCCGGUGGCUAUUGCCUGUGGACACAACUACUGUAUGAACUGUAUCAAAACCCACUGGGAUGAAGAGGAUGAGAAAGGAAUCCACAGUUGUCCACAGUGCAGGGAGACAUUCAUACCGAGGCCUGUACUAAACAAGAACACCAUGCUAGCAGCUUUAGUGGAGCAGAUGAAGAAGACUGGACUCCAAGCAGCUCCUGCUGAUCACCGCUAUGCUGGACCUGAAGAUGUAGGAUGUGAUUUCUGUACUGGAAGAAAACUGAAAGCCAUCAAGUCCUGUUUAGUCUGUCUGGCCUCUUACUGCGAGAAACACCUUCAGCCUCAUUAUGAUCUUGCUCCUUUAAAGAAACACAAGCUGGUGGAGCCGUCCAAGAACCUCCAGGAGAACAUCUGCUCUAAGCAUGAUAAAGUGACUGAUAUCUUCUGCCGCACUGAUCAGAAGUGUAUCUGUUAUCUCUGCUCUGUGGAUGAACAUAAAGGCCAUGACACAGUGUCAGCUGCAGCAGAAAUAGCUGAGAGGCAGAGAGAGCUGGAGGAGAGACGAGGAAACAUCCAGCAGAGAAUCCAGGACAGAGAGAAAGAUGUGAAGCUGCUUCAACAGGAGGUGGAGGCCAUCAAUCACUCUGCUGAUAAAGCAGUGGAGGACAGUGAAACCAUCAUCACCAAGCUGAUCCGUCUCCUCCGGAAAAGAAGAUCUGAUGUGAAGCAGCAGAUCAGAUCCCAGCAGGAAACUGAAGUGAGUCGAGUCAAAGAUGUUCAGGAGAAGCUGGAGCAGGAGAUCACUGAGCUGAAGAGGAAAGACGCUGAGCUGGAGCAGCUCUCACACACAGAGGAUCACAACCAGUUUCUCCUCAACUACCCCUCACUGCCAGCACUCAGUGAGUCUACACACUCAUCCAGCAUCAACAUCCGUCCUCUGAGACACUUUGAGGACGUGGCAGCAGCUGUGUCAGAGCUCAGAGAGAAACUACAGGACGUCCUGAGAGACUCAUGGACAAACAUCUCACUGAUGGUCACUAAGGUGGAUGUUCUACUGUCAGAACCAGAACCAAAGAGCAGAGCUGGAUUCUUAAAAUAUUCUUGUGAAAUCACUUUGGAUCCAAACACAGCACAAACACAGCUGGCACUAUCAGAGGGGAACAGGAAGGUGAGACUGAUGGGUCAAUCUCAGUCUUAUCCUAGACAUCCAGACAGAUUCACUCAUUACUAUCAGGUUCUGAGUAGAGAGAGUCUGACUGGACGUUGUUACUGGGAGGUGGAGUGGAGUGGAGGACCAACUAUCAUAGGAGUCGCAUACAAGAAUAUCAGCAGAGUAGGAAUAGGAAAGGAAUGUUUAAUUGGAGAUAAUGGCAAAUCGUGGGCAUUAAAUUGUCAUGAUUCUAAAUUUGGUCACAACAACAUCUGGACCUCCAUCUCAGGUCCAGUUUUCUCCAGAGUCGGAGUGUACCUGGAUCACAGAGCAGGUAUUCUGUCCUUCUACAGCGUCUCUGACACCAUGACUCUGAUCCACAGAAUCCAGACCACAUUCACUGAACCGCUGCUGGCUGGACUUUAUAUUUAUAAAACUGGAUGUUCUGCAGAGUUCUGUAAACCCAACUAGAUUUUCUCUCUGAUUGUUGAUUAGGGUUCAUUAUUCUGAUUGUUCAUUAGGGUUGAUUAUUCUGUUCUACAGUUUUGUUUCUGAUUUUUCGGGUUUAAAUGUAUUUCUCUCAGUCAAGGAGCCAUAAAGGAAACCACUGCUGACAUUUUCUUUUAUUCUAAUAUGACAUAAGUAUUUCUCCACAAGAAAAUCUAAAUGCUUCUGGGAUCUAGUAGUUUUUCUGUAAUAUUUCUGUUGAGCUAUUAGGAUGUUCUUGUUGUUUAAAUCAGUUGAGAUUGAAAUGAACUGAACUUACUUCAUGUUGGCUCCUUUAUCGUAUUUCAAAGAAGAAAGUGAAACUACCAUAAACUUAGAACUAAUGCUGUUUUCUUAUAAAUCUUUAUAUCAAUAUCAGUAAAAUAAAUUUCUGCUGUUGUGUC